UUCGAGUCCGUGUUGAAAGACACUGUCAAGGGCAGGAGGGUGUCUGAGUCCAAAAUAAAGAAGCUCACGGAGGUCGCCCUUGGAUGUAUGGAAAAUGAUACACAGCUGGUCUCCCUCCUAUACCGUACGCACAAGGCGCUGCCAGCGUCUUGCAAAGUAUCUAGUCUAUAUGCUGUGGAUGCCCUCGCUCGUGCUGCUCGGCAUCGAGCAAACAAGCAAGGACUCACUGGCGAUGCCCGUUCUGGACAUGGCGACUGUGCUACAUUUCUUUCCAAGCUCGAAGCCGUCCUCGAGGGCGUGUUUUAUGAUAUGAUAUCAUCCGCAGGCUCCGAAGGAAAGGAAAAAUCGCAGAAGAUCGUUGAUAUCUGGGCCAAAUCGAAUACGUUCUCACCGACAGUAUUAACCAGACUAACGGAUGUAUUGAAGGAUGCUAAUAAAGGUGCUUAUCAUAAUAGCAUGUCCGCCAGCGAAAACCCUACAAUGUCUUCCAGUUCUCCGGCAGCUUCGACGCUGCCAGUGACUGGGCCGGCUUUCCCUCCCAUCAAUACACCAUCAACGCCACCGACCGUCGAUCCAUCAAUACAGUCAUCGCUGCUCGCUCUCCUGACUCAAGCCGCGAAU